AUGGCCCGUACCGAGGAAGCGCUGAUCCGUGAGUUAUUUAGCAACUUAACUCGUGAUGGUAGAACCCCUUCACAACUUCUACGUUUUAUGAAGAGUCCACUAGGUAAAAACAUUUUAAAAAGCCUGUGGUUGGAUCGCCUCCCCACCACCAUUAUCCAAAUUUUGGCGCCCAUGUCAGAGAACACCCCACUCGACCAAUUAGCGGACGCCGCCGAUCGUAUUUUCUCCCAACUGGAUCACCAAACGAUACCAGUACACAGUGCUGAAGCAUCCAGUGACCACGGGUCCUUAGAGAAAGCUGUGGAAGACUUACAGCGGCAAGUUAGAGACCUGACAUUUGCUCUAAAAAACCGUGGUCGAAACCGGUUUCCUCCCCGCCGUCGUUUUCGGAGUCGACGACGUUCGUCUAGCCGAGACAAUGAUACCCCUUCUUCUACUAUGUGUUAUUAUCACCGUAGAUUUGGUUCUGCAGCACGUUACUGCACUAAGCCGUGCAAUUAUACUGCGAUCGCGGGAAACAAGACCGCCAGCGAGUGA